UACUAAAAAACGUCUUUUUAAAACAUGACGUAUGCAGGAAGCUCGUGUUGUUUUACGAUGGUUUCGGUUCCUAGUUGUGUAUUUACAUAUUGCUAACAUUGUGGUUUUUUAUAUAUUUUUUUUCGUUCUGAGUUAAUAUUUUUGUUACUGAUAAUGUUUUUAUUGUGUGGCAUUAUUAUUACAGCUAUAAUAUAUAGUUUUACUGGCUAACUAUUGAGCUGAUUAAACGUAAAGUUCUUCCUGAAAGUGAAACGUUAGCUUUUAUCCUUAAGCGGAAGUCUUGUGCAAGUUGGGAGCUGCUUUUGAAUUUUGAGUUGGUGAACAAAGUUGUAAAGCCUAAAAUUCUGAAGAAUGUCAAGACGAAUAGAACCUUCCCACAGGUUUAGAAGAGCUAAUCUUCUUCAUAUACCUGAAUCUGAUCUGUUAUGUAAGAAUGGUUGUGGUUUCUAUGGUAACCCAGCUUGGCAGGGAUAUUGUUCCAAAUGUCAUAAGGAGCUUUAUCAAAAACCUAAUCACUCAGGUGUUUCAGAACAGAAAACCAAAAUUUCCAGAAGGUCCUUAUCUCAGAACAGUGGAGAACAACCAGAAAGCUCUUUUCAUGCUUUUGCAAAGUUUGAGAAAAAGAAAAGACAUCACUCUGAAAAAAGAGCAAAGACUAUAAAAAGCAUUAUCAAAAGAACCAACACAUUUAAAGAAACAACAGCAUACUCAGAAUGGAAGGAGCAACGUCAGAUGAGUUUUGAGAGUAAACAGGUUGACAAAGAUUUUUUAGAGUUUCUGGCGACACUUCCAGAACCUGCAGCUCAUGAUGUCAAAAAACACUCACAUGUCCUGAUAGAACGGAUUCAAAAGUAUUCAGAUUGGACUAUAAGUGAAGUAUCAGAACUAAUUCAGGACUUUUAUCAGGCAAUAAGAGAACGAUUUGAAGUGCAUACAAUUUUUGAAGGCUCUGAUCCUGAACUGCUGAUGAACUUUACUGAGAAAUAUCUAAUGAUACGACUAUAUAAGAACUUGUUUGGCCUGUUUUCAUCAGAAUACGAGGAAAAUGAUCUAGCCAUUCAGAAGAGGAUUCGCAGUCUCAAUUGGGUAACAGCAGCACACCUGGAUUCUGACAUUGAUGACAAACAUCCAGAAGUCAGAGAUCUCAUCGACAAAGCUAUCACAGAUAUCAUAGAGAUGGACUCUAAAAGGUCACCUCAAGACAAAUUAGACUGCAUUGUUCACUGUAGCCAGAACAUCUUCAACAUUCUUCAGGUCUGUCGAGGGGGACCAGCUAGUGCUGAUGAGUUUCUGCCAGCCUUAGUAUUUAUUGUUCUGAGGGCAAAUCCUCCAUUGUUAAAGUCUAAUAUAGAAUAUAUUACACAGCUCAGUAUCCCCAAAAGACUAAUGAGUGGUGAAGGAGGCUAUUAUUUUACAAAUUUGUGUUGUGCUGUUGCUUUCAUUGAAGAUCUCACAGCAGAGUCGCUCAAUUUGAGUCAGGAUGAAUUUGAUAGUUAUGUUUCUGGAGAAGCAUUGCCUCCUGGUGGCUAUGAACAAAAUGCAUUCUUAUGUGAAGGUCUUCGUCUUAUGUACCAGAACCUUGCUGCUUUAUCAGACUUACGACAACGGCAGGACAAACUAAUGGCAGAAACUCUUUUACUUCGAGAAGAUAUGAACAGGUUCAAGGAAAAUAUCUCAAAGGAAGUUGAUUUAGCUUUGGCCAAACCGUCAAUUAUUGCCCAGCCAUAUAAGCUUCCUCUUGACAUAGACUUGAAGCUGCUACCUUCAUUUAUUCGAGAACAUGUCUUGCUGGACACAGCAAGCUAUAUAUAUCCAGCUGAGGUUCACCUAGUUAAAGCUACUUUGGAUGAUAUUAAGAAUAAACAGACUCUUGGACAACAAUCUUCAGAAGGUACCAUCUUUUCUCUCUCUCAUGAGGCUUCUACCAACAUGAAACAGACAGUACUUCCUGCCUUAGAGUCAACUGUAGAAUGUUUGAAUGAAGCUUCUCACAACCUAGAAAAGCUUCCAAUCAUGAUUAAUGAACUCUCAACACACCCGUUUCCUUCUGAUGAUGAAGACAGGAGAGAAAAUCUUGCUCUUCUUCCUCCUCCAUUACAACCAGUAGUAUUGGCCCAAGAAAAUAGUAGCUUAACUGAUACAGCUGAACUUUAUAUACAAGAAAACAGUGAAAAUAUAGCUAAAUGUGACCUGCAGGAAUGCAAUACAGUUGCAGCUGAAGAACAGAAAAGUUGUGUAAGUAUAGUUGCAGAUGAAACACAGGAUAAUAUUGAUAAUCAAAAGGAAGAUAAAACACAGUUUAACCAAACAAAUACAGUUGCAAGUGAAAUAAAGGAAAGUAAAGCAAUUAUAACUUAAGAUGAAACAUACAAUUAGUGACAUUAUACAUGAAAGUAAUGGCAUUACAACUGAAAAUAAAACAUUGGAAUGUAGCAGUAAUGCUGCUACAGGUGAAGAAUAGUGACAUUAUUGCUGGAGGGAAACAUUGAAAUUGGCUUGAUAAUAUAAGAAUUGAAAAUAGUGUCUCAAGUGUAUUUAGAUUUAAAUAUAAAAAUUGGGAAUGGUGGUCUAGCUGCUACAUGAACCUGCAUAAGUAAUCAGUUGUAUACAUAUUUAAUGUGUUCUAUGUUAUAAUGUUUGUGACAUAAGAUUACAGGACAUCAUGGAGAAUUUUGUUGAUAAUGACUGUUCAUAUGUUCUUUUUAUUACGUUGGUGAAAUGACUAGUGUGUAUCCAAUUUUUAAUAAUAAUAAUAGGCACCAAAGUGAUUAUAUAUUCAAACCUAUUUAUCUGGAAAGAGGUUUUUGUAGCUAAUAUCAAUUUGAAAACCACUUCCUGACAAAGACAAACACUUACUGAAAUGAUGUUCUAGUAUUCUUGUCAAGGCAUGAUCCAACUUUUAUAAUAUUUAUCAGUUACUUUAAAGAAGAUAAAUUAUGAUUAUGAUAAAAAUCUUUAAUAAGUUUUCUUCUCCAAAAGUCCUUAGCUAACAUCAAAGUCAAAUGAUUUUGUUUAAUACAUAUCAAAAUACUCCAGUUCUAAAACUAGAGCUAUGGAUAUAAAGUUUUUAUGGACUGCAUCUGCCUUCAUCGAGUCUCAUUAAAGCCGCAGCACAAGGAUCAGAUGUCAUUCCCCUCUUACACUCCAAGCAGAUGCAGUUCGUAAAAAGUUAAAACCAAGUGCAAUCUACUUUGAGUAUAACUUCUAUAAAAUAUAUUAUUCCUAUUUCAUUUUAACUGAGGGAAUGUCAAUGUUAUGCUGAUUAUCAAGUAGUAAUUUCCCUGGAAAUUAAAAUAUUUUAUGUAAGAAUUAUUAUUUUUGUACUUCCUUUGAAUAAUAUUUAUCCUAGUCAAUUUAUUAAAAUCUAAAUUUGAAAGUUCUAGAGUCUAUCCUAAGAACUUGGAAGUUUCUCCACAAUAACAUUUCUUUAAAAUGACUUAUGGUAUAAUUUUUUUUUUCAGUAUAGUAGUAUUUCUAUGUAAAAGUAUAUACAAUUUCUUCUUGACAGUACUUUCUUUAAACUAAUGAAUGUUAUGAAAGUAUAUGAUGUAAUGGCUGCUACAGUUGUAAAUUUUUACUUGAAAUCUGUGGAUACAUUUAAUACAUUAUAAGCAUUUCCUUUUCAUUUACUUGUAUGUUAAUGUUUUAAUAAAGGAAAUGCCACCCUGUUUGCAGUUAUA